AUGGACUGGAGCGCGGUAACGGCGGAGGACCUGGUGGACGCGCUGCGGGAGGUGGACUGGUCCACGCCGCCGCGGCCUGUCCCGGAGUUCUUCUCCCGCUUCACCGUCCCACGCUCCUACUCCAAGUGGACCAGCCGCCUCAAGUGCAACCUCUACUACUACAGGACAAACUAUUUCAUCUUGAUCAUGUUCAUCCUUGGGAUGGGCUUCCUUUGGAAGCCAGUUGCUAUCCUUGCUGCUUUUAUGACUGGACUUAGCAUCGCAUUUCUCAAUGAUAGUUUUGCAGUCACUUUCAAUGAGAAAGUCACAAGGACUGUAAGACAAUUUUCACCACAUUUAGCUGCAAAGAUGAGGCCGCCGAUAACUCCUGUUCUUCGCGGUCGACCAAGCUCGAAGAGAUCAAUUCAUAUUUGUGGGCGACCUCGCUGGGUGUUUGUCCUGUUCUUUUCUGCAGUUAGCUGUAUACUCUGGUUGACCUCAUGCAGUCUUCUCACAGUCCUCUGGGCACUUCUCAUUGCUCUAUUUGCAACUGUGCUCCAUGCAAGCUUCAGAACACCAAAUUUAAAAGCACGUCUGAAUACAUUCAGAGAGGAAUUCCGGGCUGUUUGGCGGAAUUAUAGUGAGCUUUGA